AUGAAAACAAGAAGAAAUACAAAAUCUAGUCCCGUUAUCACAGUUCCACCGGAAAACUAUCGUGUCUAUUCUAUUCGUUGGCUUCAAUUGAUUAUAUAUACAUUGGCUACAUUUUGCAACGGUAUUUUCCUUAGUACAUUUUCUCCAAUCGAAUCACAAGCAACCUCAUUUUUUUCGAUUUCUACAACUCAAAAUACUGUGCUCGUGGUGCUCUCUCUUUUUCUCUACGCUCCCGGUACUUUACUGUCAAUAUGGGCCAUUCAACGAUUCUCUAUGCGGACAGUGAUGAUUAUAGGAUCUCUGAUGAAUUUAGGAGCAUGGAUUCGUCUUUUUUCUCUCAUUGAACCCAGUCAAGGCUACGCAGCACUUGUGCUUGGCCAAAUUCUACCUGGGCUUUCGGCACCUAUUUUUUUCAAUGCAGCUGCUCAAUUUUCAACUCGUUGGUUUGCACGCGGACAGCGUGAUAUUAUUACAGCCGUAUGUUCCAUGGCCAAUCCAUUGGGUUUUGCUUUUGGAUUUCUCUUUCCAUCGCUUAUCAUCACUAGCAGUUCAUCUUCUCAACAGUUUUUAAUCGUUUUUGCAGUGGAGGCCAGUUUUAGUACGGUGGUCGCGUUAAUAGUAAUUAUCGGCUAUCAAUCAAACCCACCAACGCCUCCAUCAGCUUCCGAUGAACAACAGGCGAGCGAUUUCAAACGAGACUUCCCUCGUCUCUUAAAAAAUGGCCAUUAUCUCGUUCUCCUGCUUGCUUUCGGUAUCGGUUUUGGCUUUUUCAAUGCAUUGAUCUCACUUCUCUACGAACUUAUACAACCAAGUGGCUAUUCAAGUUCAGAUGCAGGCCUAUUCGGUGCCAUUAUAAUUUUGUCUGGUCUUGUGAGCGCUGCUAUGGUUGGUGUGAUUAUGGAUUGUACACAUGCCUAUCUUACCAUACUUAAAGUAUUGAUUUUAGGCGCUUGUUGCUCAGUUGUUUAUUUCAUUGUGAUUCUUCGGCCAUCUAUGCUUUACCCAUUGGGUCUCUCCUUUGCACUGAUGGGUUUCUUCCUAUUACCACUUCUACCAAUUGUAUUCGAAUGUGCCAUUGAGUGUACCUAUCCAAUAUCUGCUGCAUGGUCAAUCGGGUUACUGUUGUGUGUUGGCAAUGUUCUUGGUGGUGUGUUCAGUUUCGUUCUCAACAAACUUAUCCAACAAGCUCCAAACUACACAUCAGGUGUUAUAUUUACGCCCGCCUCUAUAUUCAUACUUUGUGCGACGAUUUGUAGCACACUAAUAUUACUUUUCUAUCAUGGACCCUACUUAAGACUCAAAGCUGAAACUGAAAAUGUUACUGUCCGUCAUUAA